AUGCCCUCACAAUCAAAUCUGAGAGCUGCUCAGGCCGUUGUUCUUUCACGCCAGCGACUUCGCCGCGGUCUCAAUCGUGAUGCUGCCGGCCGCCGAAAGAAGCCACUGACUCUUCAUUAUGAGGAUGUUGUCGAUCCUAAGAUGGGGCGCCCGCGGCAACUCACGGAUGAGGAAGAAGAAGCUAUCGUGUGUUAUAUCAUCUGGAUGGAAAAGUCUGGCCUGCCUGCCUCCAAGUGGGAAAUAGAAGAUGCAGCACUUACUCUGCGGCGCCGCCGUGAUCCUGAUGCGAGACCUGUGAGCAAGAUGUGGUACUCUCGCUUCCGCGAUGAUCAUCCUGAGCUUGCGAAAUCGAUAUUGAAGUCGAGAGAAGCUUCGCGUGCCGAAUAUGAGGAAGGCGGCGUUGAUGAUACGAAGGAGUGGUUCCAACGCCUCAGCGAUGUGAUGACGAAGUACAAUAUCGGUGCAUCAGAGACCUGGAAUGCAGAUGAAGCAGGAGUUAGAGUCGGAAUGCUACGAGAUAAGAUGGAAUGCCUCGUUGUACGCACCAAGAAGAAGUCAGCAACAGAGGUAUUUUCUCCGCAAGAUCGCGAGACUUGCAGUCAUCGGCUCAGGCAACGCAGCCGGCGCAACAACGCCCCCCUGGCUGAUCUUCAAGUCGUUGCCAACGCUUGA